AUGGCUAGGCCCAAUACUAAGACCACGCGUCGUUCGGCCGCCGACACGAAAACCGAGGUGAAAAAUCACCUUGACACUCCCGAAAAGGAUGCUAUUGACCAUCCGAAACCGGUGCUUUGGUAUACUCCAGCGUUUGAGCUCCUCCAGUACUUCCAGCGAGCGGCGGAUCAGUGGACGGCCCGCUACGUGGUGGUGAUCACGGCGUUAGUGAUCCGGAUCGCUGUGGGGCUUGGUGGGUGGUCAGGCAAAGGGGUGGCGCCGAUGUAUGGUGACUUUGAGGCCCAGAGACACUGGUUGGAGCUCACUACUCAUUUGCCGAUUCACCAGUGGUACUUCUACGAUUUACCCUACUGGGGGCUUGACUACCCUCCCUUGACCGCCUUCCACUCGUGGGUGCUUGGAAAGAUUGGCGGAGCAAUCGACUCACUGUGGUUUGCGUUGGACGAGUCUCGAGGCAUCGAGACUAUCGGCGUGCAAACGUUCAUGAGAUACCUGAGUUUGGUGAGUGAGAUGGUGCUUUACAUCCCUGGUAUCCUUCUGGCGGUGAAUUUAAUUGCCAAGACGUUUAAAGUGCUGCGGAUGGACCAGAUCGUGGUGGUAUUAAUCAUGCUUUCGCAGCCGCUGCUUGUGCUUAUUGACCACGGCCAUUUCCAAUACAAUUCGGUGAUGCUUGGGUUGUUUUUGUGUCUGGUUGUGGAGCUUAUUAAGCGGCGACUCGUGGUGGCGCUGGUGUGGUUUGUGUGCUGCUUGAACUUUAAGCAGAUGGGGCUCUACUAUAGUCCGUUUAUCUUCACCUACAUCUUGCUGCAGCUUGAACUGGUGACGCAAUUGGUGAUGGUUGGCGCUACUGUGAUUGGCACCCAGGCGGUGAUUCUUACUCCGUUCUUGCUUGGCGAACAACCGCUUGCUACUCUUACUCAGAUUGUGGUGCGGGUGUUCCCCUUUGCCCGCGGGCUUUUUGAGGAUAAAGUGGCCAACUUCUGGUGUGUGCUGAACGUGGUGAUCAAGUAUAAGACGAUGUUCACUGCUGCCGAUCUCUCCAAGUUGGCGUUGUUGGCGACGUUGGCGCUGAUCAUCCCCAUCAACGCGUUAUUGUUCUAUAAGUUGAAGCUGAAACGCGACCAGCAGACGCGCAUUGCCGCCAUUGUCAUUGGCUUCACCACCACUGCCCUUGGCUUCUUCUUCUUCUCCUACCAAGUCCACGAAAAGCUGAUCUUACUUGCGCUAAUCCCCGCGACGCUUUUGCUCGCCAUCGACCCUGCCCUCAUUGAUAUCGUCCAGUGGAUCAACAAUGUCGGGUGCUUCUCGAUGUACCCGUUGCUUAAACGCGACGAGCUUGUCCUCCAAUACUGGGUGACUGUGUUUAUGGCCAAUUGGUUCGUCGGUGCUCCCCGUCUUAACCACCACCUGUGGUUAUGGCGUUUAAUUAUGGUGGGGUCGUACCUCGCGAUGAUUGGCUACCACGUCGCCGACGCCACGAUGGCACCGCCACAGCAAUGGCCCGAUCUCUGGGUGAUCAUCAAUUGCGGCGUCGCCUUCGCCGGGUUCGCCGUGUUCUACGGGUGGCUCCACUACCGAGCGUUGCAGUUAUGA